AUGGCAAUCCGCAUCGGUGAGAAGAGUUCCAUGUUCUACGAGAUGUUUGAGAGGGAUGAUCAACAUGCCCUUGGUCAGCAAGAUGUAACCAUUGAUCAAGCUAUCAACUUUGGGGUGGAUGAUUACAAGAUCCCUUUGCAAGGUGCUUCAGGCUUUAAUAAAGGACAUGGAGGUGAUCCCAUCCAGGACACUCCUAUCACUGAAAAUCAUGGUCAAAUGAUAGAUUCCUUGGCCUUGAAGAAAGUGGUGGGCAAGGCAUAUGAUGGAAGUAGCCCUACUGGAAACAAUGCUACAAGAGGGCAGUGGACUCCUGAAGAGGAUACAAUGCUACAAGAACUUAUGGAGCAGCAUGGUAAAAGAGCUUGGUCAGAUGUUGCAAGGGAAUUUCCCGACAGAACUGGGAAGCAAGGCCGAGAGAGAUGGAUCAACCAUCAAGAGUUCAAGACCCAGAAAUUAAGGCUUUAUUUUGCUACCAAUAAUAUGGCCUGGACAGAAGAUGAGGAGUUGAUGCUGGUGAAGUACCACAAGAAGUUCGGCAAAAAGUGGGUCAAGAUUGCCAGGCACAUCCCUGGCCGGCCUGAGAACUCCAUCAAGAACCAAUGGUACGCGGCCGAACGCAGCUUGGAGACGAAGCGCAAGGACAAGAGCAAGGAGACCCGCCCCAGCAUCGUCGCGGAUUACAUCCGCGGCCUCAAGGAGGAAGAAGAAGGGAAGGGCACUCCGGCUGUCCCCACCAGCCCUGUCCACGCAGCUGGGAGCGGCCAGGAGAUCAAUAAUGAGGUCAAGGUGCCAUUUCCAGGCUCCAAUUUUGCUGCCGCCUCAUCUCAAGCGCCGGCGUCGGGUGACAACCCAGUGCCACCGUCGUCGUCCAUGUCGGCGCCGUUCCUGGGCCGCAACGCCGGAGACCACUUCCCUCUGGAAGCCAUGUACGACGACCCCGUCUUCAUCGACGGGCACCAGGAGCCCUUUGCUUACCCCCAGGAGAGUGGAUACCUGCCGGCGCCGGGGCACCCCUUUGCUGAAGCUCACCAGGCCGGUGGAUACGGCAACCAGCUGCAGUUCCAUCAGCACCCAACCUCUGUGCAGCAGCAGCAGGCUUUCAGCGACUUCCUAGCAACUGAGGACGACCCUAUUCACCAACUGUUUGUAGCUCGCUACUACCAUGAGGCUGCCCGUAACCAUGACAACGUAGCAAUGGCCUGUGACUAA